GGAAACAACCAAAGGAAGCAAAGACUCGUGUCAUCAAUUAACUGGUCUUUGUUUCAAGCUUUCUUCAAUUUUAAGUCCUGUAAUCAAGCCGCCACAAUGGCGCCUGUAAGAACCACAGGCGCUAUUGUUGCUUCCACUGCCGCCAUCUCCAUUUCCAUGGCGAUCUUCUCUUACUUCCUCUUCUUCAAAAAGACCAAUUCGACCCUUCAUUGCAACAAGAAGAAAAAACCCAGAAAUGGAGUCGUCGAUGCUAUUGGUAACACCCCUUUGAUCCGCAUCAAUAGCCUCUCUGAAGCCACUGGCUGUGAGAUUCUGGGCAAGUGUGAGUUCCUGAAUCCUGGAGGAAGUGUGAAAGAUAGGGUUGCUUUGAAAGUAAUUCAGGAGGCUCUUGAAUCAGGUGAGCUAGCUCCCGGUGGGGUAGUUACUGAAGGGAGUGCUGGGAGUACUGCGAUUAGCCUCGCUACGGUGGCUCCUGCCUUUGGAUGCAAAUGUCAUGUAGUCAUCCCGGACGAUGCUGCUAUCGAGAAGUCUCAAAUAAUCGAAGCAUUGGGAGCUACUGUUGAAAGGGUAAGACCAGUAUCAAUUACACACAGAGACCAUUAUGUCAAUAUUGCUAAGAGGCGUGCGCUAGAGGCAAAUGAAUUAGCAGCAAAGGAUAAAAAGGUCAGCCAAGUUGAUGGCAAAGACCGGGAUCAAAUGGAUGGUUGCGUACCUGACCCGGAGAAAGAAAAUCCGGGUUUCUUGAGCCAUUAUAACGGUGGUUUCUUUGCGGAUCAAUUUGAAAAUUUGGCAAACUUCAGGGCUCACUAUGAGGGUACUGGGCCUGAGAUUUGGGAGCAGACUGAUGGCAAUGUGGAUGCAUUUGUUGCAGCUGCAGGCACUGGUGGUACCGUGGCUGGUGUUUCCACAUUUCUUCAGGAGAAGAGUCCGAAAAUCAAGUGUUUCUUGAUAGAUCCUCCCGGUUCUGGUUUGUUCAAUAAGGUAACUCGGGGAGUCAUGUACACUAAAGAGGAAGCCGAAGGACGAAGGUUGAAGAAUCCGUUUGACACCAUAACAGAAGGGAUCGGAAUCAACAGAUUGACUAAAAAUUUUAUGAUGGCAAAGCUCGAUGGAGCUUUUCAAGGCACGGAUAAGGAAGCUGUUGAAAUGUCGAGGUUCCUUUUGAAGAAUGACGGGCUCUUUCUCGGGAGUUCUUCAGCCAUGAACUGUGUUGGAGCUGUUCGAGUGGCAAAGGCUCUUGGCCCUGGCCACACUAUCGUAACCAUUCUAUGCGACAACGGGAUGAGACAUCUAAGCAAAUUCUAUGAUCCCAAAUAUUUGGCGCAGUAUGGAUUGACGCCCACGGCAACCGGAUUAGAGUUCAUGAGCAUCAAAUGAACCCUGCAAAGGUUUCUACUCCUAGACGAACAUUAUCCAUCAAAUCAGGUGGCAUAUCGAGUCAUGUUUUGGUGGGCGGAAUCUUCAGCUUUUUAUUUUUAUUUUUUUAGUUUCACAGUUAGAAAACAUUAGUCCUAUGUAUACUGCUUUUAGCAGACAAUUUUGGAGACCCAACUUAUAAUGAAAAUUUACACGUAUAGUUAGGUUUUGUUA